AUGAGCGUCAGUGAAGAGAGUAAUGUCACGCUCAAGAAUGUCCAAUUCAAUCCAUCCGAAUCGGUGAACUGUUUGCAUUGAAUUUCUGAUAAACCUCUAGAGUUUCAGGUUAUUUUUAAACCGGAUUCAACGGAACAAAUUGCAAAUAUCGAGAUCGCGAACAACGAGCCGACGGACAUAAUUGUGAAGUUGAAGACGACGAGACCGGGCGUCUACACUGCCGUUCCCACGUAUUCCAUCGUCAAAUCGGGGAAAUCGGGAAAGAUAGAGCUGAUCUGCAAAGGAGUCGACCAGCAGGAAUGCGUCCGUUUCACAGACAGGCAAGUGCUCGCGGAGCUCUUCCAUUCGGUCUAUUCAUGUUUUCAGAUUCUCCAUAAUCGUCGCGGCUAUCAAAUCAACCGACCUGGAUGCGAAAACGAUUUGGAAAGACGGAGAGAGUCUGGAGAAGUUGAUGAUUGGAAAGUUGCACAAGAAGAUGAUAUUCAUUUGGUACUCUGGAGUGGGCGAUUGGCAGAAGCGCCUCCCGAAAGGCAUCUCCGACGCGAAGGUGAGGAGUGUGGAGAGAUUGUGAACUGAUGAAUGGCGUUUGAGAUGCCGACGUGGAUUCAGCUGGAAAGUGCGGCCUUUGAGGAUUCGAAAACGACGCGGACGGAUACGAAGGUCGUCUGCCAGAUGCUCAUUCUUCCGAGGGACAUUCCGGCUGCGAGUCCGGACGAACACAUUUAG